UGACCAGGGCUGGUGGGAGGAGGCGGCCUCCGCCGCGCCAUCUCCGUCUCCGUCUCCGUCUCCGUCUCUAAAUGGCCGAGCGAGGCCGUCCGUCAGGGGGCGUCACCUCACGCCUCGCCGCCGCCUUCCCCGGGUGUUGACGGCUGAUGGCGGCCGUGUGGAUGAAGCGCCGAGCCCUCGAUCUCCCUUCUGAAGUCUCUCGGGUGGAUGGAUGGGUUUGAUGGCUGAGCCAUGCAAGGCGCUGGCCUGACGGUGCAUCAGAUCCUGAGCCUGGGCCUCAUCCCCCGGGUCGGGAACACCACCUGCCCCGGCAAUUUCACUCUACACUUGUGCCAGUUCUCCGAGAUGUGGUACGCAGUGUUCCUUUGGGCGUUACUGUCUACAGUUUUUAUCUACGUUCCUGCUGGAUUAUUGGCAUUUGUAAUGUUGCGGCACCAUAAAUACGGCCGUUUCAUGUCGCUGGGUAUCCUGGCAGGGAUCUUGGGACCCAUCACUGCAGCAGUGUUGACGAGUGCAGCUAUUGCUGGUGUCUACAGAGCUGCUACAAAGCAAAUGGUGGCUCACGAAGCUCUAGUUCUUGGGGUCGGACAGGUAUUUUUCGUCGUGGCAAUUGCCUUUCUACGGAUUUUAGCGACUUUAUAGCAGGAGGUGAUCUGCCCAUCCAAGUGGGCAGGAUUACAAGUUCAACAAUAUCGCACCAUUUUCCAGCUUGAGGCUGCAUAGAAAUUGCACUGUACCUGUGGAAUCCAAACUAGCUCUAUGCCAAUCAUCGCUGCUCAACUAAAAGGAAUUGGCAACACCAUAAAGGUAGAUUCCUUAGGAUGGCCAAGCGUGAAGAACAAGAUGCAAUAUUUUAACCACUCAUCAAUGUACCAUGUAUAUUUGAGGUACAAUGUGACAAGAUAUCACUGCAACACCAGUCUUUUGAGGGUCUCAAGAUCUGAGAUUUGUUCUUUUUUCAAAAGUCAAAGCCAAAAGAGGUAAUUUGCGUAAUUUGCAUUUAUUAGGCACACAGACUUUUUUUUCCACAAUUUAACUUAAGAUUAAGACUUGUACAGGUAUUUUGUAAAAAUUAUAAAAUGUUUAUUGUAGGAUUAGAAAGUCAGACCACCAAGUUCAUUCUGAGAUGGACAGAACUUGUACUUUGAUUCUGCUCACUACAUCUCAAUAUUUCAAGAGUAGGAAUAAUUAUGAAAAGACAACCAAAACACUUGUAACUGAAGAUUACCAAAGGGUAAAUACCCAAAGAACUGAGUUGUUACAGCUUCGCAGCUUAGACAAGGUGAACAGUUCUAACAAUAAGUGGCAUCUUAUUUUUAGAGUUUCUCCUUUUAAAAAUAGGAUAAUUUCACAACUUAAAAAAAAAGUUGAAUAGUUGAGUUUGAGAUUAUGAAAUUCCAUUGUUUAUCCCCAGCAAAGGAAAUGUGAUCUUAAUCAUUCCUCAUUAUGCAUUCAACUCAAUCAAGCAGUGAUUAUAAAUAUCUCAUCCAUUUAUCCUUGUUUACACUAUAUAGUAAAGUAGCUUUUAUCGGUAAUUACACACAUAUCCAUGGUAAGACUAGGGUGUGUAUAAUUUUUUUUAACAGCCACAACUAGGGCCCAAGCGGCCUAAAUUGCCAAUGUCAUGCACUUCGCUUCUGGAAACAUCAUAAAUAAGCAAAUUUCAUUUUCUUAAUGUACAACUAGUGUUGCAGGUAUUUUUACUAAGCCAAUGACUGAGAAUGUCCUCCACAUUUCUGACUAAUUACCAGUUACCAGCUCUUGAUUGCACAAGUAGAAAGUAGAGCAUGACUUUGGAAAUGAUCUGCAGUUUUCACUAAACCAGUGGGUGAAGUUUGGUCCUGAUUUUGAUUUUCAUCCUGGAAACUUGGAAUGUUGUUUCAGUUGCAGCUUUUGACAUUGACCUGUGUUAACUGCAGCAGUAACUAUGCACAUGUGACUGAUGUUAACUGUGCACGUGUAUGUACAAUUCAGGUGUGCCAAUCAUUUUAAUAUUUCCUAGUAUUUAAAAUCAGCCAUUGUAAUAUUUGUACAUUUUUAGAAAUCCUUGUUUAGUUGUGUGUAUAAACGAUUGUUAAUGAGCACACCUUAGACUAACUGUAAGAAAAGGAAUAUUCUAGGUUGUGUUGACAAAAAGUGCUGGCCAUCUGUGGAAGCUGUCUGCACACCAUGUUAAAUUCUGCAGAUGAACAGGUUUGCAUAUUUCCAUGAUUUGCCAACCAUUUAAAAUAGAUUUGAAUAUAGUUUCUAUUUUUACAUUACAUUGGUAAUGCAAUUGCUGUGAAAUAAUAUAUAUAGCUGUUAUAGAAAAAAACAGAAACUAUAGGCCACACUAAUUUAUACCGACUGCUCUUUACAAAGGAGCCAAACAUGAAUGUUCUGGAACAGUAAAUGGAAGAUCAGGGAUCAUGUCAACAUUAUCAUCAUACCUGUUCCCAUUUACGUUCUCCUUCGUGAGAAAACAUUUUUCAAUGAAUGCUAUCAUAGGUGACAAAGCCAGACAAUGUUGUGAUUUGUACAAUAGAGUGAAAGCGGAGAGUUGGGGAGGAAGAGAGGAGAGAGAGAACAGAAUGCACAAUGUCUGGUUUUGACCCAGACUUGGAGUUUUAUUCCUCCUGCUGCGGCCAUUAACUUGCUCUGUGCUAGUUUGUUACUUAUCUUUUAUUUGUUUUGUUUUCUGUUCUUUGAGUUUAGUUUGCACUUUCUAUCUGCACUCCUCCAAUGUUCCUUUUUUUUUCUUUUGUCUAACCUGUGCUGUAGUUGGGGUUAUGUCCUGACCUUGUUCAUUGCAACUGAGUACUAAUGGUAGGAAGUUGUUUUAUAUGGUGUCACACUAAAUAGUUAUCUGCUGAAUAAUUAUCUAGGAAAAUUGUGGGAGGAGGCUGGUUAUGGGUGAAGGAAUUUAUUAGAAAUGUCAUAUUGUAAAAGGAAAUCACUUGUUAUCUGAUAGUAGGAUGUGAGUUGGUUAUUAAUUGACAAUUAAAUGGAAUGAUAGGCUCUAACCUCAAAUACCAGUGAAAAACCCAAGUGAUUAAAAAAAAUAGGAUUCCACUUGGUCAACAUAAAGUAUUGGUCUUGCAGGUAAUGAAUAGUGAAAUAUUGAGAACAUUCAUUUCUCAAAAAUAUUUGCCUUUUUGCAUCUAAUCUGAUAUUUUCCUUGUGUUUUAUUCAUUAAUUCUGCAUUUGCUUAUCUUACUAUCCUUUUAACCAGAGGAGUAUUUCCAAAUUAUUUUGUGCUGCAUUGCAAAUUUGCUUAUAAAGUAAUGUCUAGUCAAUGGUCUUGAUACUAUCCAGAUAGAAUGUAGAUGUCUGCUAUGCUGUGCCUGCAGUUAUUCAUGUAGUAAGUGUAAAUAUAGUCUAAGUAUGUUUGCACCUUUUAUUUUGAUGUUGGUCAUGUUGCAACCACAUUAGUGAAUAUUUACUAAUCAUUGUCACUUGCAUUCAUUGUAAACCCAAUUAAUUUUAGUUAAUUAUACAAAUGAUACCUUUUUGUAAUAUUUAAUGUAUGCAGUGGAAGCCUCUUACCAAUGGCUUCUCUUUCUAAAUGAGUUGUCAUGGUACAGUCAAAUAGGUCGUUAGCUUACUUGAUUGUUCUGUAAACAUGUCUAACAAUGUGAAUUUUAAUGUUUAUUAUGGGUUUUUAAUGCUAUGUAAUGAUCAAAUAUUUGUUUGGAAAUUUAUAUUGUCAACAUGGGGAAAUCAGAAUUUUUAUUUUUCUACUUACAUUGCUAAUUUUGGUGAUAUUUACUGGAAAGUAUUUAUACAAAAUAAAUUUUAUUGAAUGA